UGUCAGGUAGGGGGGUGGAUGGGGGGCUUAAGCUGGCAGAUAAAGCCGAGCUAAUAGAGAUAACUUGAAUCUGUAAUUAAAGGUGUUUUUUAUUUAAGACCAGGAGUUGGCACUGCAUCUGUAGUUCUGCUGCUGGACUGAGAGCUUACUUCAGACUUGUUACUUCAACCUGCAAGUCCCCUUUAAGUAUCCAAGUGAUCUGGAAGUAUUUUGCUUAUGUGAUAUAAUUAUUUUAGCAUUAUUGUCUUCCUGACUGAGAGUUUGGACAUAAUUCCGUUUCUGUGUCAGAGAUUCAGGGUUUCUGGCUGAAAGGCGCAACGUGGCAGAAAUAUUCUGCACCUGAAUGAGUAAAGUUUCAGCAAAAGAGGAGAAGUGAACAGAAGGAAGGAGGCGGCGUCAUGACUCCUCGCGAGCAGCUGAGGAAGAUAACAGCACUGGGAGAGCAGGGUGCUCUCGAUGAGAAACACUGGUACAGACUGGUCAAUGGCAUGUCUGCUGGAGAGCUGCGGCAGAGGCAGGAGCUCAUGAUGAGGAACCAGAUGGCCAUGACUCCACAGAUCCUGACUCAAGGUCAACAGAGACUACAGGGUGUACCCACACAGUUUGAUCACCGCUUCAUGGAGAGGGAACUGGUGCCACCCGCUGAGAUGGUAUCAGCUGAUGGCAGACAAAUCCACAUGGGUUCCCAUCUUGGUCCACCGCUGCCUCCAAAUUCCAAUGUCAUUCCAGGCAGAGGAUUUCCAGGCACAGGUUAUGGCUUUCUUCCCACCGAGAGCAUGGAGACGGUUGCUAGAAGACAUGAGUUAAUUCACAAACAGAACAUAGCCAGAAUGGAGAUGAAUGCUAUCCUGCACCAGAAAGAGUUGGAGAACGCCCAACAAAAGGGUCUCAUUGGCAUAGAGAAUCCCAUGAUGUACCAGGGUAUCCAACCCAACCACAUGACCUUCAGGGGUCGUCAGCGUCUUCCAGAUGGACACGACAUCUUCGUCCACCGCACCGCCCUUGAAGACCUGCAUGCCAACAGUCUCCUCAUGUCCAGCCCCUACCCACCAAUCAGCACGCUGCAAAGAGAGCGAGGACGCAGGACAAACCGAAGGGCCACCAAUCAUAAGAGCUCAGACACCAACAUCACUCUUCCCAAAGGCCAAUCAGAAGAGAAGAACGUUGAACAAAGUCCAGGCGGUGCCUCAGGGGAAGACAAGGAUGUAGAAGGGAAAGUUGAAAUGUGCAGUGAGGUCAUCAUCAGCAAACCACACCAAACCAAAGUGGAAACUGAGCUGUCUUCCGGCAGCAGUAGAAAAAGC